AAAACGAAUUUAAAACUGAAGUGGAAGCUCUACAGUAGAAAAAAUCGGUGAAUGGAAAUGGCCUUUGGGGUGGCAGAAAGGAUGUUCCAUACAUCAGAGAUGAAGCAAGGGAUAAGAAUUGUCUUCCCAAUGAAAAGCCCCGCGCCAGCCGUUUCAUUUGAGGGGUGGGGUGCAGGGAGAUCCUACAGUGACGAAAUCAGGGAAACUCCUUCAUGUUAGGCAGCGAGAGGGGAAUCCUGGGCGGCGAUUGAGAGGGAGCAAACUGCUGCCUGGACGGUGAUCCAGUGGAAUUAGCGAUUCAGAGAAGCUGCCCAUUGGCUGCUGAGAGCGAAGUGGGGGGGGGGGUCGCCCUGGCUGAGAGUUUAAUCCAAAGGGAAGGAAAACUGGGAAUUAUUGCCGCCGCUGCCGCCGUUUUUGACGCUCUAUGCUCUUCGCCCCCACGCGCGCAUUCGCCUCGUAUCUCAACGGCGACCGCCUCGCCUCCACCCUCUCUCCGCCACUCCCUUUUCUCGCGGCCAGCCUUGCUCGCGCUUCCUAAAUGGAAACCGACAGCCGUCGCCGUAGCAGCGCCAUGCAAUCUCGUUCCCCUCCUCGGACAUUCCUCUAAGUCCGUGCCAUGCUGCUGCCCUUUCUCCCGGCACUGUUGGCCGUUUUAGCGUCAUCCUUUCCCUGCCGAGGCUGGUCUCCCUCGGCUUCUUCAGAAUCCGGACGAAAGGAGCCGCCAGGACUCACCCUGCCGCCUCUCAACUCCUCUUCCUCUCCCAAGUCCUUUGUAAAUGGGGGCGCGUUUCCGACCAAGAUCGAGGAAGGGCUAGGAGAGGCCACCGCGGCGGCGGCGGCUGCAGCUACCCCUUCACCUGGGUCACCUCGCUCCGCGCCCCAGCAGCAACAGCCCCGCGAGGAGCCGGCAUGCAACAUCAGCGUGCAGAGACAGAUGCUAAGCUCAUUGCUGGUGCGUUGGAGCCCGCUGGGCUUCCAGUGUGACCUCGUGCUCUUUUCCACGAGUGGCCCCGGCAGGCGCGCCUUUUUCUCGGCCGCCUUUCACCGCGUCGGGCCGCCGUUGCUUAUUGAGCAUAUCGGACUGGCAGCUGGUGGCGUCCAGCAAGACCUCCGCCUAUGCGUGGGCUGCAGCUGGGCGCGAGGUAGGCGCGUCGGUCGGCUUCGUCCGGGCGCCUCCAACCCAGCCGCGUCGUCUCCUCCUUCGGCUGCCCUCUACUCCUGGUCCACUCCGGACCAUGGACAGCCUUGGCAGCAAGGGGAACGCCUCCACUUCUGCUGUCUGGAUUUCAGCUUGGAGGAUCUCAAGGGGGAUCCCGGUUGGAGGAUGAACCGCAAGCCCAUCGAGUCCACCCUGGUGGCCUGUUUCAUGACUCUGGUCAUCAUUGUGUGGAGCGUGGCCGCCCUCAUCUGGCCGGUGCCCAUCAUCGCCGGCUUUUUGCCCAACGGCAUGGAGCAGCGGAGGAGUGCCCCCACCUCGACAUCUGGAACAACUGCAGCAAAAUGACCGCCUUCCUCCUGCAUCUGGUCCGAUGUGACCCGGGUUGUAUCGUUGUGGGGCUCUGGAUUGGGAAUGUUGCUAUAAAAAAUUGAUUUUUUUUAAUGUUAAAAGGAAUCUAUUUUGUAAAAUUUUACGUUAAAGCCAUCUUCUUAAUGUUGGAUAUAGAAGACUGGAGUUAGGUAGAAAUUUUCAAACUGGAUUGAUUUCUUGCCAGUAAUUCUUUUGAAAAGCAACCUAUACCUGCUUCUAGUUAGUUUACGUAUGAGAGUUUAUAGGUACAUUUAUAAUGUGCUCAAAUUCAUAUCUGAUAAAAUUACCAGAACCUGUGUAUUUGCUUAAAUAUAUUUAAAAAGAAACUCUUCUAAGUCAAUAUUUUAGUAGCAAUGCACACAGAAGUCCAGUACACUUUGCAGUAGUUGUAAGUUAUUUGUAUAUAAAUACAAAUUUGUCUUUGCAAAUGUAAAUUUACUAAAAAAAACUUUUUGACAGGACUUAAAUUUGCUAACACAAUAUUUGGUGGGUCUGAAUUUUAGUCUCUCUCUCUCUCUCUCUCUCUCUCUCUCUCUCUCUC